UAUAUAUAUAUAGUAUUUAAAGGAAUCUAAUGGUGUUUAUGCUGUUAGGAAAGGAAGGAUGACACCUGCAAGUGCAUCUGGCACCAGGAAACACCUGGUCUCCCAAUCCUCGGUGUUGUCUCAACCUGAUCUACUGAGCCCUGAGGACCUCUUCUCUCAAUAUACAAUAAACGAGAUACAAAGAAAUUUCAAGAAGAUCCAGCGUGACAUUGAGAGCAAGAAGAGCGAGUUACGGACCAUGGUAGGGGAGCGAUACCGGGAACUGAUAAACACAGCUGAUACUAUUGCAGAGAUGGAAAACACUGUUAAAGAUAUCAGAACGACUCUAGAUUCUAUACAGACUUCUUGUAAACUAGAACGGAUCUCUUCGAUCGAAAAAGAAGAGGAACACAGUAAAAAAGAGGAGUUUUGGAGUAUUGCCAGCCAAAUGAAGCUCUUAGUUGAUACACCUGAAAAGAUAUGGCAUGCCAUGGAAAACAAGCAGUUCCUCAUAGCUGGGCAGCUCUACCUCCUAUCUCGACAUAUCGUAACAAACCUGCACAUCGGGAACGGAGCUGCGUCACAGCACCUGACCCAAUUCCCUGUGUUAGCACAGCAGUGGGGCGCUAUCUCACACUUCAAACCUUCCAUCCUCCAGGGAUGUAAAGACACGCUAGGAGGGGUCAGUGUAUCAGACGAGCAGUUCACUGAGUCUAUCUGUACGGUAAUCCUGCUGGAGGGAGUUGAUCUGGAGACCCUGAUAGUGGAGGUGAUGGAGAGGAGACUGGCUGGUGUGGCGGCGCGGCUUACUUCUGGAGGCAGUGUCAGGAACCAGAUUGCUGAUUGCGUGGAGAGUAUAAUCUGUACACUGGAUCUGGUACACAACAACCUGGUAACGAGUAACCGUGUAACUGACAAACUCAAACAUCUCUGUCACAAUGUAACAACUAUGGAGGUGGUUAGCAACGCGUUUAAACAGGAGACAGGACUACAAUCAAUUACAAGACAUCUUCCUACUUUGGUGCACAGUUACCAUCCCACUAUUAACAGUUCACUGGAGUUACCCAACAUGACGCAGCUGUGUGAGGGUUGGUGGCAGAAAGUGGUAGCAGCGGUGAAUGAUAACCUCCACACUACACUACACUACGUGCAGUCUGUGUCAAGUGUGGCUGGUCUUGUGAAACCUUAUUGUCAGAAAAGUUCAAGUGAGUGGGAGACAGUUUGCCUGGGCGUGCUCAAUAAGAAAAUUCAUAUAUGGAACGACCUGUUACAAGCUCCGAUGAAUGAGCAUGUUAAGAAGAUAAUAUCUUCCUACAUCGAGGAUGCUAUGAUGGCUACCACCACGGAUAUUUCGGAGAUCAUUAAAACCCACUCAGAGGCGAACGUGUCAAUUUUUGUGUGGAAUAUAAACUGCAAGAAAGAAACAAAGUUGCAGCAAAAAGCAGAGGGAUUUGUAGAUUCAGUCAGAUCACUGUGUAGUAACCUGAACGACAGAUUGACCAUAAUUUACAACGAUAUUAUCACCUACACCGGAAAUCCGGAAAAAUUUCGAUAUAAGGAAGAUAACGUGAGAGCAGAAGAGAUUUUCGCUCACGUAUAUGGGAUGACAAAACAAAGCCUGGUUCAAGUCUCCCAGCAUAUUCUCACUGCAGUACCAGACGAAGCAGAUAUCUCAGAAAACAGUCGAUCAGACCAACUGGCAAUCCUGAUCCACGUUUGUAGAUGUCUAGUUCAGCACACUUCUCAACUCCAGCAAUUACUCAAUCCACGUGACCGGUCCAAGUACUCCGCAAGCAGUUCUGAAAUGUAUCAGUGUAUUGUCAGUGCUAAGUGUGUGUUGUUACAAAGGUACGGGGGCUGGGUUUCUGACGUGGUGACUGAGAAACUUUCAACUUUCCUCAAAUCAGAAGCUGCAACGUUUGCGAUGGUUUGGGAAGAAACACAGAUAAAGGAAGAGACUGAAGACGGGGGUUCAGUUGAGUCUAAGAUCUCUCUCCCUGUCUACACCUCCUCCUAUGUGAACACCAUACUGUUCGCACUAUCUUCUGAGCUGUACAGAAUUGGUUGUCACGGAUUUACUGAAGGAGAGGUACCUCUCAUGUUAGGGAGUUUAGAUGAUAAGAUAGUUCAAGUUUAUGACGCCUGGUUGGAAACAGCGGAGAUCACCCAAAACAUGGCCCUGCAAUAUUGGCUGGACUUCAAAUACCUAACAGCCAUGUGCAACGUAGCGUCCUCUGUCAACUCUGAACGUAACAAGAAGAUCACGACGGUAGUUCGUCGCAUCGAGACCAACAUAGAUCCGUUUGACUGGGACGUGUUCCAGCCUCAUCUCACAGGCAACCUUCACGGACUCAUUAGACGAACUUACAAUCUGUACGGAGCUGUUUCUAUUUACAGUACCACCAUACAGGCUAUAGCUACCUCUGCUGCCAGAGCUGCCUUCCAGCAGAACACACACAACGUGUUACUGAGAAACGAGAUGGUAUCCCGGUUCUCACUCCUUCCCGUCAGAUCAGAUCCAGACUCAGAUCACCUCUCAGAGGACGAGUCACCUGAUCUGGAACACCUGUCCUCACUCUGUAGAACUAUUGAUCAGUAUAGCAGCCCUGUUUUCGGUUUGUAGAGGAGAAUUCCAGGGACGAUUGUAGUGACGAUUGGUACAUUGUGGUGACUCAUUUUCUUCAUUUCAUUAAACAAAGAAAUUGUAAAAUUAAUGUUCAUACAAUAAUCUCUGGUUAGAUCUCGCAUAUUGAGGUAGCAAAUGUUGAUAUCCUCAAUCAAAUCAUUGGGUAAAAGUCCUAAGGGAAUUCCCGAAAUUUUUUGGAUGGAAAUUUAAACAUGAGGUUUUGAUUAUCGAUAUGAUAAGGGUGGACAUGUAUAAGUUUAGUUUUGCUACUUUUAUUUGGUUAUGCGCUACUUAACUCCACUAAAUAUAAGCUGAUUGUUAUUCAAGUGAGUAAUAUUUUAGAUAAUUGCACGUAAUAGAACAGCGCAUGUUCUUUUUGUUGGGGGUUUCAGUUCAGUUGCAAUACCAUAUUAUUAUGUAUUGAGUUUCGUUUUGCCUUAACAAUUUUGCAUGUUUUCUCUUCAGUUUAUUUAUUUUGUGCAUGACUUUGAAAUUAAUGAUUAUUUGUUUAAAACUUUGAUCUUUUAUAAU